AUGUCUGCGACUGCUGAUAAGGCCCGGUUCUUUCUGGAAAAGUCCGUUCCUGAGCUCAAGGAGUACGAAAAAAAAAAAAUCUUCAGCAAGGAUGAAAUCACUUCAAUAGUCAAGAAGCGAUCCGACUUUGAGCACAAGAUCAAUGCGCGUGGCGCCCAACCGUCCGACUUCGUUCGAUAUGCAGAGUACGAGAUGAACCUCGACAGCCUGCGACGCAAAAGAGUGAAGCGGUUAGGCAUCAAAUCAACAGGCUUCAGCGGACAGCGCCGGAUAUUCUUCGUUCUGGAUCGCGCAAGUCGGAAAUUCCAUGGUGAUAUCGGUCUGUGGAUCCAGUACAUCGAAUAUGCCCGACGACAGAAGGCCUACAAGAAACUCAGCACAAUCUUAAUGGAUGCUCUACGACUUCAUCCAACCAACGCGGACUUGUGGAUAUAUGCCGCGCAGUAUUCCAUUGAGGACCAUGCGGAUAUGACCCAGGCCAGGACUUACAUGCAACGGGGAUUGAGGUUUUGCAAAAGCUCAAGGAGUCUAUGGAUACAGUACGCCAAGUUGGAACUCAUCUACAUAACCAAACUAGUGGCCCGACAACGCAUUCUCGGACUCGACAAAACGAUUGGGGUUCCUGAGCCGGAAGCCCCGGCGGAUGAUCUCGACGCGGACAUGAUCGCGAUGCCGAAGAUUACUGAGGAAGAUAUCAACCCCAGUGGAACCGAGGAUGGUGACGGUAAUCAAGCAGCGCUACAAACCCUGAAUUCCACUCCCGCUCUAAGCGGCGCAAUUCCACUCGCCAUAUUCGAUUCAGCCAUCAAAAACUUCGACUACGACGCGCGGUUCGGCCACGAGUUCUUCGACAUGGUCUUUGAGUUCGAAGAUGUGCCAUGCUUGCAGAACAUCCUGUCACAUAUUGUCGACGUAUUGCAAAAAGCCAAAUCCGCCAGCCAUCAUGCGUUGAUUUGCUACAUCAAACUUCCUACAGCCGGAAUCCAGGCCACUUCAGCAAACUUCCCCCGAGCCCUUGGAACGGCACUCUCACGGCUGCAGGAACAUCGCCAGAAUCCUCAUGUAGCGAAAGAGGUCGUCAACUGGCUCAGUUCAGUCAAGAAGACCAAGGGUCUGGAUCCGUCCCUCCAGAAAGCCAUUUCCGUCACACUCCAAAAAGCGGAGCAGGUUCUUCAAGAGGCGUAG